GUUGGUGCAUUGCGGAUCGGUUGUUGGCAAACGUAAACGGAAGCGGAUAAACGAAGUGCGCACAGCUAAAUGUAUGUUUGUAUGUAGUGGUGUGCAGUAGAAACUCAAGCAGCAGCAAAAGCUUAAGUAAAACGGUGAGUGGAAAGUGCGCGCGAAUAAUUGAAAUUUUGAAAUUAUACUCUUACGUUCUUGACAGCAUAAAUGGCAUUGUGAUUGUGGUAGAAAAGAAAAAAAAAAAGAAGCAAAAAGCCGAGUCCAAUUGAAUUAAAUUGAAUUGAAUGUGCAAUUAUUCGUUGCACAAUUUAAAAAAUAAGGAAAUUGCAAUAAAGGAAACCAGGCGACUACUACAAUUUUGCAAUUCAAGUGAGCUGAAAUAAGGAAAGGCGCAACUGAAAAUAUUGACAAUACCAUUGUGCAGACAGUUUUGAAAUUUUAAGGCAAUCAAAGCAAGUGGCAGGCGUAAACACAAAACAAAAUGUCCAAUAAGCCAUACAGUGCGAUUAGUAUAACCAAUUGUGGCUUAGAUGACCCACAGAGUGAGCUGGGUGCCGCCUUCGCCAACAACAAUAUUGGUGAUUUUCACAUAGCGCUCGAUAAAGGCGCGAAUCCGGCCAGACCCGAUGACAAACACAUGAGCGUCUAUGAGUUGGCGCUAAAAACACAUGGACGCGCUGCUUUUGUGGAAGAAUGCUUGAGGCGUGGUUGCAGUCCAAAUCAUCUAAAUCAACACUGGAAGAAGUCAGCCAUCAGUUUUGCCGCCGAUUCUCGCGAUCCGCAGAUUAUAAGCGCACUUCUGCGCAGCGCGGGCGUGGACGUUGAUCGCACCUAUGCAAAGCUGACGCCACUCAAUUCACUAGCCAAAAAUCUAGCGGCCGACAAUCAAAGCGAUGUCAGCGCUUGCAUAAAACUCUUGCUCGACUAUGGCGCUUCUCCGAACAAGCCCGAUGAUCGCGAAAUGACACCGCUCAAUUAUGUCUUAAAGAAUCGCAAAAUCAAUGCGGAGACGAAGCGGGAACUGGUACAACUUUUCACCUCUCUACAAGAUCUAGACGUGGACAGCUUUCGUGACGGUGAAGUGCGCGAAUUGCUGCGACGCGACUACCCUGAAGUGAUUUUGCCACCACCACAAGCGAGCGGUGCGGACGUCAGCUUCGAAAAGCUAAUUUCACAUUUGCGCAACGGCGACGAAGAGAAGUUCGUGCAACAGCUGCAGUCCUACGAACGUCACAUGUUGGAAAAAAACAAUAACACUAAUGAAGUGCAAGAGCAGAAGCUCCAACUAUUUAUGGAAUCGGUCAAGCGGGGCACGCAUGAAGCAUUCGAUACGCUGCUAAGACACGACGUCAAUAUUAAUGGCGUCAAAGAUGGCCAAACACCCAUACAGCUGGCUGCCAUUUGGGGUAACUGGCGCGCACUGAAAGCCUUACUGGCGCUUGAGGAUCUAAAAUUACGUCGCCAAGAUCAGUUAUUAAUCACCACUAUCGGCCACUUGGACGACGAACCCUUGCAUGAUUUCGUUAACUACCAGAAAUGUCUCUACAUUCUACUGAAUUCAGAGCGCAUCGAUGUGAAUGAAUCUGACCCCAGUGGCUCCACACCGCUCCACUACGCUGUCAAGUAUCGUAACCGUUUAGUUAUACAAGAGCUGUUGCGUCAUGGCGCCUAUAUUGGUAUGCGAAGCGCUUUCUCCGACCUACCCAUCGAUGGCAUGCACCCUGAAGUGCUGGAGGAACACUUUGACAGUUGCAUUACCACAAACGGUCGCAAACCUGGCGACAAUGACUUUGAAAUACUAAUUAAUUUUAAGAAUCUCAUACCACAUCCCACUUCCGGUCAUGCACAGAAAUUGCGCGCGCAAAACUUUCGCGAAGAGAUGCCACCAAUCGCUUUUAUCGCGGAGUCCAAAGAGCACCGCCAUCUACUUCAGCAUCCACUCAUCACCAGCUUCCUGUUCCUCAAGUGGCAUCGUCUUUCGGUCAUCUUCUACAUCAACUUUCUACUCUACUUUUUCUUCGCUCUGAGUAUAAUAAUACACACAAUUCUUAAGUUUCGCGAGAGCGAGCACGAAGCAGUUACCGUGCUGUUUGGUCUGUUCUCAUGGAUCGGCAUCAUUUACCUGCUGGUGCGCGAGAUAACACAAUUUGUUCUGGCGCCUUUAAAAUAUUUCCGCUCCCCAACUAAUUACAUGGAAGUGGCGCUCAUCAUACUCUCCAUAAUGACUUGCACCGAACCGAGUUAUAAUCGCGAGACGCAACGGGUAAUCGCCGUUUUUACAAUACUACUCGUGGCACUGGAACUUUGCUUGCUAGUUGGCUCUUUGCCUGUACUCUCCAUAUCUACUCACAUGCUAAUGUUGCGCGCCGUUUCGAAGAGCUUCAUCAAGAGCUUCGCACUCUAUUCGAUCUUUGUAAUAACAUUCAGCUUGUGCUUCUACAUUCUAUUCGGCAAGCCAUCGGAGGGGAGUGAGGUGGACGCAGCGAAUGGUACGGAUGCCGCAAACUAUGGUGGCGAGUUCAAUAAGUUUGCCAACCCCUUCACAGCGGUCAUCAAGACAAUUGUGAUGUUGACUGGAGAAUUCGAUGCUGGUGACAUUGAGUUUGAUUCACUCUACAGCUACUUGAUCUUCUUAAUGUUCGUGGUAUUCAUGUCGAUCGUGCUUUUCAAUUUGCUCAAUGGUCUGGCUGUUAGUGACACACAGGCCAUUAAAGCACAAGCCGAAUUGAACGGUUCCAUUUGCCGCACCAUUCUACUCACACGCUACGAACAAGUUUUGACCGGACGCUCCGGACAUGCAAGUUUUAUCAUUACACACGAACCCUUCCGCACCAUAUGUCGUCGUCUGAUGAAUCUCGAUUCCAACUAUAUUGUAGGCCGCCAAAUCGCUAUACUGCCGAACGAUAGCAAUAAAGUUUUAGUUGGUACGUCCAGCGGUAAUGAAGCUGUUGAAUUGAAACCCGAUUUGUCGCGAACAAAUGGAGUGCGCAACUCCAAGACAACAUUCCUGCCAUUGAGCGAGGAAGAUGGCAGUGAUCACAACAAAAAGUUGCUUGAUGCACCCGUCUCUUUCCUACCCUGCUGCUGUGCCUGUAUAACCGGCAAGUGCUCGGAAAUGGAUAGUCGCACAGUGAAGCUGGCAAUCGCAGUGAUCGAACGGAAGACAACAGUGCAACAGGACAAAAUGCGCGGCGAGAAUACGGAGAGGCGGUUGAGAAAUAUUGAAGAGCGAUUGGCAGAGAUGACGCAGCUGCUUCAUAAAUUAGCUGCGGAGUAAUAUAGAGGUCCAAUCCAAAAGUGAUGACCAGUUGAAGUUGGAACGUUAAAAGAAAAUGAAAUUUUGUUUACUAUAUGUAUUGUGUUAUUUUUGUAAAACAUACAUUUAAAGUGUCCUUAAUGUAAGUUAUUUAAUUUUUUUUAUCAUUUAACACUUGCAAUUUUACAAUGCAUUUAAAAAACGUUUAAUAAGUCUUCUAAAUUUUUGUAUUAAAUGGCAUUUAAUAAAAGUAUUUAAGUAAAAUCC